AUGAACAUGGAUGGCAUGACAAUGGCAUCGGCGUCGAUGGCCAUGAGCCCCACCGGCACUGGUAUGGCAAUGCCUUCAUCCACUGGCGCCGCAGCCGGUGGUAUGGGUGGUAUGAGCAUGGGCGGAUCAUGCAAGAUUAGCAUGUUGUGGAACUGGUACACAGUCGACUCUUGCUUCAUCGCCCGCUCGUGGCGCAUCAAAUCCCAAGGCGCCUUCGCCGGCUCUUGCAUUGGCGUGAUCCUCCUCGUAAUCGUGCUCGAAGCCCUGCGCCGCGCUGGCAAAGAAUACGACCGCUACAUCGUCAACCAGCACAUCAAGACCCUCUCGCCCGCCUCCUCGUCCGCUAGUAGUGCCAACGGAUCGAAGAACCCCGCUACUGCAGACACCACACCCCUCGUCGCUGUGCCGCGCUUCCGCCCGAGUGUUCUGCAGCAGGCGAUCCGCGCGCUGUUGCACAUGCUGCAGUUUGCAGUGGCGUACUUUGUCAUGUUAUUGGCAAUGUAUUACAAUGGGUACAUUAUCAUUUGUAUCUUCAUUGGUGCGUACAUUGGAUACUUUAUCUUUGGGUACGAGAGCUUUGGCGUUGGGCAGGGUGGGAGUGAUCGGAUGCAAGAGAAUGCUACCGUCUGCUGCGGCUAG